AUGGCGGCAAGGCCUGGAGAGGACGUGGCAGCCACCCUCUUUGCAGACGUACAUUACUACUAUGGGAAUCCGACAGCGAAGCCCCCACAUCACCGAUUUGACAAAGGCUCAUACGUUUAUCUCUUCGAAAACGCAGGGCAGAGGAGAGCGCGCCUAGAGGUUGCCAACAAUGCUGGGACGCCGGAGCAAGAUGCUUUCACUGGCUAUCUGGAUCGCACUCAUCUCCGAUAUUCAUAUAAACACUCCAAUCUGGUUACGUUGACCGUCGAUGGUCAAGCUGGCCAACAAGCGCCCUCUCCAAAUACUCAAGAAUGGCAUCUUCCGACAUUCGAUCCCAAGAACGAGAACAAAUACAUGUACAAACUCCAUACUGUGGAUCUAUAUUUCUGGACGAAAGAGGAUGCUCUCCAAUUUGUGAAUGGGAUUCGACGGGUUCUCCCUGCUGCACAAAUUACCAUUUUAGACGAGCCCAUGGCUCCUCCGCCGCAUCACGACGACAUGAGUCCUGUUGUGCAGAAGUUAGAGAAUGUGGCAAUAUCAGAUCCAUCCUAUCAGCAUGGUCAGACGGGAAACUCUAGGACGUCGUCAAAUACUUUCCCUGGACCUCCUAUUUCUGCCACGCCUCAAAGUCAAGAAUCAGCCAACUUCGCCCCAAUGGCUUACAACCCAGCAGCACCCGCAGCUCCCGAAGCUAUCAAGCACCGAGAAAAGACACCACCCCCAGAAGACGGAGCUGCAAACCCUCUUGCAGCCGCAGCCACUUCAGACCAAGGUCAAAGCUUUGCUCCCACGUAUUUGCAAAGAGGAUUGUCGGGAUCCCCAGGUCAAAUUGGUCAACCACCGCAGACAGCUUAUUUCACUGGUCCUCCAGCUCCUCCACCACAGCAACCUCCGCCUCAGCAACAGGUCGUAUCUCCCUUUGCCCAGCACUUCCAACACAGCUUUGCCGCACCCCCUACCACAGCAACAAUAUCGAGUCCCUACGCCCAACCUCCACCGCCAGCCUCUGCUCCACCUCCACCAGCGUACCAACAACAGCCGCCUCCUCAUAUCCCCGUAACGCAAUAUGCCAACUAUCCCGGCUCACCACACUUGUCCAAUACCACUCCCGGUAUCUAUUCCCCGGGUGUCUCCUCUCCUUUAACCUCACCAGGGAUCUACACCCCCGGCGCGCCACCAGGAGGGUUCUCGCAAUUCCAGUACAAUAACCAGCUAAGCAAUACGCAACCACUGAUGACCGAUUACUCGAUCCAUCAACAGGUUUACAGACCAACAGAACAUGAAGCCGCGCAUCACAAAGCCAAGGCAGCGAAGCCUCCCAAGGGGAAGUUGGAGGCUAGAGCCGGACAGGUGGAGAAGGGCGUGGGAAGCUUGCUCAAGAAACUCGAGAAGAAGAUUGGAUAG